CAACCCGCCCCCCCCAACACACACACACACACACACACACACACACACCCCUCCAUCCCCUCUCAACUUUGCAUCGCAUUCAAACCUCCGGCGUUCCCACCCAGCCCUGUCGAAUCUAUGAGGGCGAGCCGCAGUACAAAGGGUGGCUUUUCCCAGGCGGGCACAGCCCCCUCUCCAGCUCUCCCCACCGCCGCUGCUGCCUCUGGGGGUCUCGCUCCCUCUUUCUCCCCGGACCGGCGUGGAUGCUCUGAUCUGUGCUAGGUGGAUGCUCUGAUCUGCCGCCUGCGAUUCUGCCCGAGCGAAGCGCGACCCGCCCCAGCCAUGGCUGAGAAGAGGCAGGCAGCAGGCAAGCCCAGCGGCGGCGAGGGAGGGGAGGAGGUGCCCGCCUUCUUCAAGAACCUGGGCUCCGGCAGCCCCAAGCCCCGGCAGAAAUUCUGCGGCAUGUUCUGCCCGGUGGAAGGCUCCUUGGAGAACAAGACCAUCGACUUCGACUCCCUCUCGGUGGGACGCGGCUCCAGCAAGGUGGUGGCCAAGCAGAAGGACGUGGCCCAUCUCGGGGAGGACGCCCACUCCCUCGGUUCCUGGCAGAGCAGGAAGGGAGGGGAGGCACCUGUGGAGUUCGGGAGGAAAGUGCAGAUCCGGAGAGCCACGGGCAAGGAGGCUCUGCAGAACCUGAAUGACAAGAGUGAUCGCCUUUUGAUCAAGGGUGGCAAGAUCGUGAAUGAUGACCAGUCUUUCUAUGCAGACAUUUACAUGGAAGAUGGGUUGAUAAAGCAAAUCGGAGAGAAUCUGAUUGUGCCCGGGGGAGUGAAAACCAUUGAAGCCCAUGGAAGGAUGGUGAUUCCUGGAGGGAUUGAUGUCCACACGCGCUUCCAGAUGCCUGACCAGGGGAUGACAUCUACUGACGACUUCUUCCAAGGGACAAAAGCAGCUUUGGCUGGAGGCACCACCAUGAUCAUUGAUCAUGUCGUUCCUGAGCCAGGGACCAGUUUGCUCUCGGCAUUUGACCAGUGGCGAGAAUGGGCAGACAGCAAGUCCUGUUGUGAUUAUUCCUUGCAUGUCGAUAUCACCGAGUGGCAUAAAGGGGUCCAGGAGGAGAUGGAAGCUUUGAUUAAAGAUCAUGGAGUGAAUUCCUUCUUGGUUUACAUGGCCUUCAAGGAUCACUUUCAACUAACAGAUUCUCAGAUUUAUGAGGUCCUGAGCGUGAUCCGUGACAUCGGUGCUAUAGCCCAAGUUCAUGCUGAAAAUGGAGACAUCAUAGCUGAGGAACAGCAAAGGAUCUUGGACCUGGGAAUCACUGGCCCCGAGGGACAUGUUCUGAGCAGGCCCGAAGAGGUAGAGGCUGAAGCUGUGAACCGGGCAAUCACCAUUGCUAACCAGACCAACUGCCCCUUAUAUAUCAGCAAGGUGAUGAGCAAAAGCGCAGCUGAAGUUAUCGCUCAGGCCAGGAAAAAGGGCACUGUGGUUUAUGGGGAACCCAUCACAGCAAGCUUGGGCACUGACGGAUCACACUACUGGAGUAAAAACUGGGCCAAAGCUGCUGCUUUCGUCACCUCUCCGCCACUGAGCCCUGAUCCAACCACUCCGGACUUCCUCAAUUCUCUGCUGUCUUGUGGAGAUCUACAGGUCACUGGUAGUGGUCACUGUACCUUCAACACUGCCCAGAAAGCUGUUGGGAAAGACAACUUUACUCUGAUCCCCGAAGGAACCAAUGGAACUGAAGAAAGGAUGUCAAUCAUCUGGGACAAAGCUGUGGUUACUGGCAAGAUGGAUGAGAACCAGUUUGUAGCUGUGACCAGCACCAACGCAGCCAAAGUCUUCAACCUGUAUCCGCGGAAAGGUCGCAUCGCUGUUGGCUCCGAUGCUGACCUGGUUAUCUGGGACCCAGACAGCGUCAAGACUAUCUCGGCCAAGACUCACAACAUAUCUGUGGAGUACAAUAUCUUUGAGGGCAUGGAAUGCCGUGGCUCACCAUUGGUGGUGAUCAGCCAAGGGAAGAUAGUCCUGGAGGAUGGCAACCUCCAUGCCACUGAGGGCUCUGGGCGAUAUAUCCCUAGAAAACCCUUCCCGGACUUUGUAUACAAGCGGAUCAAGGCAAGGAGCAGGAUGGCCGAGCUGAGGGGUGUUCCCCGAGGCCUGUACGACGGCCCCGUCUGCGAAGUCUCCGUGACACCCAAAACAGUCACACCAGCAUCCUCCGCCAAGACAUCUCCAGCCAAACAGCAGGCGCCGCCUGUUAGGAACCUGCACCAGUCUGGAUUUAGCUUGUCUGGUACAUACUUAUGCGCACAAAUUGAUGAUAAUAUUCCACGCCGUACCACACAGCGCAUAGUGGCGCCACCCGGUGGCCGUGCCAACAUCACCAGCUUGGGCUAAAGGAAAUAACAAACAUGGCCGCCUAGCGGAUCAUGGGUGAGGGUGGAGCACUCGGAGACCCUUUUGAUUCUUUUAGAGCCUGUGAUGGUUACUGCGGGCAACCAAUGGGUAAGGCCCAGUUGAGGCCUCCGUUCCCUGGUCCCUUUGUUGUCAAUCUCUCCCCCCAUCCAUCCAUCUUCACAGAAUCUUCUCCCUCCUCCCCCUUCCCUACACAUUGGGCAACCCCCCCCCUGUUUUUGAUACAUGGGAGAUGUGAAAAAGGAAAACACUGAAGAGUAGAACUUGUGGCUUAUGUUACCUUUAAAAUCUUUUUCUUUUUCUUUCUUUUCUUUUUAAAAAGGAAGGAUAAAGUGAAUUUCCCGGGAGCUGCCUUUUACUUUUGUAGGAAGGUUUGGGUUUAACUAUGGAAAGGAAGGAGCAACACAAUUGAAUUCAAGGGUUUAAAUUGCAUGUUGCUUAAACGGGAACAAUAAUCCAAGACCAAACCUGCUUAGACCUUGAUUUCCAGCUAGAGGAAAUUAGAAGUUGUGCUGCUAAGGUUUCAGUCCAGGGGCAACAGCAGGGGCACAGAAUAUACCCCUUCUUGUUUUUUUAAUACUUUAUUGCAGGGGUUCCCAGAUGUUGUUGAACUUCAGCUCCUAUCACCCCAACCUACAAAGGAUGAUGGGAGCUCUAGUCCAAUACCCAAGUUGAAACCCUGUUUUGUUGUAUUCUGUAACUGGAGGGUUUUUCUUUUUCUUUUCUUGCUGUAUAGGCAGAUGUGUGUGUUUGCUUGCUCCCAUGCAUAGUAUUGUUGUUUUAUUUUUAUUUUUGCCUUAAUUUGAAAUUGAGGCCAUCCUUCACCUUUCUGUGUCCCAGUAGCGUUCUGAACACCCAUGUUCAUGCAUUCACAGAAACCUUUAGGUCUCUUCCAGUAUUAGCCAUUAACUCAUUUCUUAUCAGCAUAGCUUUGAUCACCACCACCCCCUGUUUUUUGGUAGUCCAAAGAAUACGUUCUUAAAGUAGUCCUCCACUGUAGUUCUCCUAAGAGUACCAAAUUCUUAGAUGGCAUAGACUGAGUCAGCCCUGUUCAUCAUUGGACUCACUGGGUCUGUAUUGUAUGGAGACAUCUCCUCUUAAGGGCCACCUCUUCAUCUCUGGAACCAUUGAUUGGAGACAACUCCUCUUAAUAUCCCUUAAGUGGCAGCUUUUAAUUUGGUGGGUUAGUGGAGUCCUAAAAUCUGAGGAUGUUUCCAGGAAGCAUGCUGCCAAAUGAAUCCCACUUUUAUUUUCAUGCCUCUUGGCUUUUAGAGAACCUUGAAACAUUUGGUCACUUUAAAACCUGAAAUAAGUCUUGUCUCGGGUAGGGAUGUGCUUGAAACACGAUUCAGCAUCCGAAUCGUGGCACAAUCCCUUUAAAACCGAGGUAUUCCAAGCCCCUUCAAAAUGGAGGAGAGAAGGUCCAUCCCUGCUCCUCCACUCACCGCCAUUGCCGUACUGGUGGCGCCCUCUCCAGCUGUCAGUGCACACUGGCCACGUUCUCCCCGUUUCCUCUGCAAGGCACUGGCACACACAUGGCCUCUGUGCAUGUGCGUUGGCCAUUUGUGUGGUCAGCAACCAUGCUGACCAUGUAGAUGGCCACUGGGCAUGUGCCUCCGCACAUGUGCAUGCCGGCACUGUGCAGGGGCAGCUGGGAGAGCGCCGUUGGUGCAUGCUGAUAGCUGGGGGAAGCACCACGAGUGUGGCAAUGGCGGCAAGUGGAGGAGGAACAGGGAUGGACCUGCUCUCCACCGUGUUAGAGGGGCCGUGGAAGCCCUCCGUUUUAAAGUGAUUUUGCCAUGAUUUGGAUGCCGAAUCACGUUCCAAGCACAUCCCUAGUCUUGGGUGCAGUGCCAGAGGGGUCACAGGCAUGACAGGAGCCUGUUCCCCUCCUUUUGCAAGUGAAGGCACCACCUCAGGUUGUUCUAAAGAAUGGAAGGUCUGUGCACACCUCCCUCAUCCGCCAUCCAGCCACCGACUUAAUUGGGGACCGCCAUCUUGGAGAGCAGAUUCUUUGCCUGAGUGGAUAUACGGCUGGAGGCUAUAACGGGAGGCACACAUGGGUCUCCCAUUCCCUGGACUCUCUUGGCGCAGUUCUUAUGCCUGCACUCAUCUGGACAUGCCAAAGGAGGGGGAGGAAGGAAACGGACUCUGUAAUGCCACAUGACAAUCCUUUUCAUUUUCUAUUUCCACUCUAAGACUGGAUUCAGCCCUGUGAAUCUAGUUGGGGUACUUAGGUCACUUGUGCCAGUAGAGGCCAUUGCCUUCUAUUAGGUUAAUGAUGUACUUAAGCUAUACUUCAGCUAUUCCUCCUUAUUCACAUUCACAUUUGUUUAGAGGCAUCUCAACAUACCUGUGGAGAACAUACCUGAAGUUGCUCUGGUACCCUUGAAAGGUUCUCUUCAUCUGUAGGUGGAUCCCACAUAGCUAGGAGCUGCAUCUAAGCAACUCAGCCACAUAGGUGAGGUCUCUCUGUCUUUCCCAUGAAAUCAGAAUGGGUGCAGCUCUUUGGAUUUAGAGGUCUCAGGCACUGACCUCCUAGAUUUCGGUCCUGACAUGUUAAUGCAUGCUACCACAUGACCACCCCAGUGAAGUACGGGAACUUUAUGGCUUGCAUUGAACUAUAAGACAGGUUUCAUGCCACUGAUUUCUAAGAUCGUGGAAGCUCCCUUUGCUUGUCCAUUUCUUUGCUUCUUGAUUGAUGUUUUGCCAUGUCUUUCCUUUAGCCAUGUUUUGCUUAUUCUUUUUAUGUGCCACAUUUUUUAAAAGUGUGUGGGGGGGGGGGCAGGGGGAAUAUUCCAAAAUGACACUCUCUGCAUGCACUGAAAUGGUGCAGUGCAGAAUCCGGCCAUUUCAAACGAUCCCCUCAUUCUCCUGCAUGUGUGGGCCAGGCCUAACACACUGCUGAUCCAGGAUUCCCCCUGACACCUCCAGAAUUGGUCAACAAGAUCACAUAUGGGUUUGUAUAUCCCAUGGCUUGUACAUUUCAUGCUUGGUCAACAUGGCUGAUAAGUAUAAGAUUGCUGACACAGUAGGCUGUUUCUUCAUACGGCCAUUUGGAGGCGAUCUGCUACCAUCAUCAGCACAUGCACACUUCCUCAGCUGGACUCUGCAAACCCACCAAACACACAAUCAUGGCUGGCGGGGGCUUCCAGUGCUGCGAUGGUCAGCUCCAAGCCCCACCCUUCCAUGGAAGGGCCUCCAAGGGCCCAUAGGCCUUCUCAGCAUGCUUUGCACUGCCGGCAGACUGGAAAAGACUCAUGAUGUCAAAAGCUACCCUUCCAUUGGCCACCAAUGCUGUUCCAGCUUUGGGAUCAUAGUGUGUGCUUUGCAGGCUAGAACAUCCAUUAGCAGCAGCAGCUGUAGGCACAGCUCUCUAUGGUUUCCAUGUAGGGGAAGGCAUGCUGGGUGCCAGUGCCUGGGCAAAAGAGUCACAAGGCUUCUCAUGACUGGAGAAUAGGGUUAGGAAGGCUCUCCUCUCCUCUGCCCUUGGUAAAACCUGGGUACCAAAGCUGGGUAGCCUUACUGGGAGAAAUCUGUGCUUGAGGGAAAUGUGUAAGUUCUGACAGUCGUGCAAAUCUGGGUAGCACACCACCUACCCUGAUUUUAAUGGUUGUGUGAACCAACCUAGGCUCUAGUGUUGGCUGUACACCCUCCAAGAAUGGUCUCCUGCAAAUAAAAUAUUAUCCCAGGGGGGAAAGGCCUUUUCAAGGAUCAUACAAAACUGCCAAUUAGAUGUCACCUAAAGGUGCUAAGAGAUCCCAAUACGAUCUGAAGAAUCUUUUCCCGUUUGUAGACUUUCACCAAGAGCACUGGUGAUAGUCCAUCAUUCUAGACAGUUUCAUUUGCAUUUUGGGUUUGUUUUUGUUUUUUUGCUUAAGAGAUUGCACUUUUAAUUGGAAAAAAAGUAUUUAGUAAGUGUAAUAUAUAUAUUUGCAAUUAUUUUAUAAAUGUGAGGUUUUUUUUCCCAUCUGUGUUUUAAUAUGAAUUAAACAAAUGUUUUCUGGGGGAGGAAAAAUAAUAAGAAAAAUCAUGUUUCAGUUUUACGAAACAGCUGCAGCUCUUAGCUAUUCACUUGAGUCUUCCUUUUGUUUUCCUGUGUUCAUGGUUGUUGUUUUUUGUUUGUUCUUUAGGGGGAAAGAGAGAGAGAGAAGUUUUCUAAAUAAAAUAAAAUAAAAUCGCAGGCUAUGUAAGCAUGUUUUUUCCUGUGGGAGCUUGCUCGCUCGCGUUGUGUGUCUGUUUUAAUGAAUGUCAUAUGUAAAUGCUUAAAAUACAUGACAUGGAACUUGGAAUUACCACAGUGACUUGAUGCUCUAAAAGAAAAGGAAAAUAAUUCUUUUUAAAAAAUUAAACCAUGUAGAAUUUACUACUAGCUGGAUUUUAACCCUUGAAUUUGUGCUUGUGAACUUGAGUGAAGGAGCUGUAAGUGCUGAUCAUGUGUGUAGACAAAAGAAGUACUGAUAUUUGGCCAUUCUCUCAAUGGUGCAAAUAAUGGCAUAAAAUGAGUCUUGUGUUUUUUCUUCCUUACAAACUCUGUGUUAUAUUACCAUGGGAACUCCUAAUAAAGACAACAUGUUGUGGUUUCAGUAA